GCGAGUGAGCUUGUCAGUGUUCGCAUCGUAGGCUGGCAGGCAGAAGCCAAAAGAAGACAAGCAGCAGAAGCUCGCCCGGACUUGUUGGAUGUUUUCAUACAAUCGCACGGCAUCGGAUUCUGACGCAUCUUUGACCACAAAUCCCCGCUCGGAAUGGAAACCCGGAACGGAGCGAGAAGUUGCUCGACCCCGGCGGCCGCGUGAGGGGCCGCCGGCAACACAUGGGAGGCGUCGUCGGAAGAGGUGGCCUCUUGUCGCCGCCUCCUCAUGGACAGUAGCCUCGCCUCCUCCAAGUCGUGGCCUCCCGCUGCGAGACGGCAGUCGCGCACCGUGAGCCGCAUGGACUACAAGUACACCCUGCUGGGCGCACAGGGGGACGACUAUCGCGAGAGGCCGCUGCUGCUGCAAGUGGACACGGCGCCCGCGAACCUGUUCGCCGUCCUGGAGGUGAAGGCCGAGCUCCCGAGGAGGCGGAGCGCGCCGGCCUCCUUCCGCCGGGUGCGCCCGUGCGCCGUCUUGCUCGGCGCGGCCGUCACGUUCGUCAUCAUGGCCUCGUACGUCCUGACGGGUGGCGGGAAGGACCCCCUGCUCGCGCCGUCGUCUUAUCGCCGCUUGCUCGGCCCCCCGGGACCCUUCGCCUUCGACUUGCCGUCGGCCAAGGACUACGCGCAACUGCGGCCGGUGCUCAGGUCCAUCGCGUCCAAGGCGGAGUUCCGCGCUGGACGACAGUUGCCGGAGCUCGAGGCCCUGAUUCGCAGCGAGCGACAUAUGUUUUCAGUCACCCCCCGCCAAUUCCUCCCGGGUUUCCGCAACCCCUGCUGGUACGAGGAGUACGCCGGCGACGUCACCUCGGACCCGUACCGCACCAACUUGUACGCGCGCUACGCCCGCAGCUUCCGCACCGUCUUCCGGCACUUGAGGAGCACGUUCCGAAAGCACUUGUUGAGCCGCGACGGUAAACUCUUGCGCAUCCGCUGCCUGCCGUAUUUCUACAUCAUCGGGCAGCCGAAGUGCGGCACCACCGAUCUCUACGACCGCUUGCGGCUGCACCCCGACGUCAAGUUCUCCACCUUCAAAGAGCCGCACUGGUGGACUCGCAAGAGGUUCGGGAUCGUGCGUCUGAGCGAGGGCUUCCACGACCGCUACCCGGUGGAGGACUACCUGGACUUGUUCGACCAGGCCGCUCACCUCAUCCAAGGCAGCCCGGCGGCCAACGGCAGCGGGACGCCCGGUCGGCCCGACGUCAUCAUCGGUGAAGCCAGCGCCUCCACCAUGUGGGACAACAACGCCUGGGUGUACUUCUACGACAACGCCACCACCGGCGGGGAGCCGCCCUUCCUCAUCCAGGACUUCGUGCACGCCCUGCAGCCCGACGCCCGCUUCGUCGUCAUGCUCAGGGACCCGGUGGAAAGGCUCUACUCGGACUACUUGUACUUCGGCAUCGCCAACAAGUCGGCGGAGGAUUUCCACGAGAAGGUGUCCGAGUCCCUGCAGCUGUUGGACGGCUGCCUCGCCGACUACACGCUCCGCUCCUGCGCCUACAACACCACCGUCAACAACGCCAUGCCCGUGCGACUCCAGGUGGGCCUCUACGCGGUCUACUUGCUGGACUGGCUGAGCGUCUUCGGCCGGGAUCAGAUCCUGGUGCUCAGGCUGGAGGACCACGCCUCCAACAGGAAGCACACCAUGCACACCGUCUUCCGCUUCCUCGGCCUCGGUCCGCUGAGUCAGCAAACGGAGUCGGAGCUGAACGGGAGCCCGGCCUCCAACAGCAGGAGGCCGGCCGACAAGAACCUGGGCCCCAUGCUGCCCGCCACUCAACUGGUCCUACGCCACUUCUACGCGCCCUUCAACCGCAAGCUGGCACAAGUCUUGCGCAACGACUCCUUCCUCUGGGACGCCCGACCCUGACCUCUGAUCUCUGACCUACGCAGUGAACCCCACGUCAUUGACACCUGGUCAAAAAGGUUUGUAAUGACCUAUAAACCCCGCAAGGUGGCAGCAAAGCAUUUUUUUCGAUUGGACAAGGCUACGGCCUGACUAAAUGAAGCUCCUCGCCGCACGUCAACACAGUUCCUUGGCACCAAGACGCCACUAAAGAACUAUUUUUCACAUUCCAGCUCAGUUUCCGCUGACCUCAUCAUCAUCAUCUUUCUCAAGUGCCCAUUUUCUAUUUUGAUUUAAAUUAUUUUUUUAAGUUAUAAAAGCAGCAGAAAUUAAUCAAAGAUGGCGAAUAGCACAAGCGUGAAUGUGUAUGUGUGUAAGACAUGAUU